GGUGGAAAUGGAGGGGCGGAGGUUGAGAUUUACCCGAACCGUGGCUGGUGAGGGUCUUAAAUGUUUGUGGGGUGGGUUUGAGAGGAAUCUCGGUCUCCCUAUAAAACCCAGACCCUUUGAACCUUUGUCUGAAAUCUCACUACUUUUUUCUGGAGAUGUCUGACUCUCUCCGGUUCUCUCCUUGCGUCCAAUCUCUGCAACGAAGAAAACCAUGCGAAUCCUCAUCUGGGCAUGUGAGUUUUCUUAAUUGCUUCUCCACAUUAGAGCCCAGAGCAGCUGCUUUGGUUAGAAGUCCUUUGGGUUUUCCGAUUAAGACCAACAACACAUUUCAAAGAAACAUCAUGAAGGCAACUGCUUGGAGCACAGAGGAUCCUGUGCAGGACCUCGAUGCACCCGUUUCAAUCGAACUCCAGCCCAUCGUCAGCGAAGCAGAGUUUGACCGGAUGAUUGCCGAGGCACAACAGCUCGAAGAAUCGGUGAUUGUUGUUUGGAUGGCAAGCUGGUGUCGAAAAUGUAUAUAUUUGAAACCCAAGUUGGAAAAAUUGGCAGCACAUUACCAUCCGAGAAUCAGGUUCUACUGUGUUGAUGUCAACAUCGUUCCACACAAGCUUGUCACCCGUGCAGGAAUCAAUAAGAUGCCAACUAUACAGGCUGAGGUUAUUGGAGGCCACAAAGCACAUUUGGUGGUUAAUGAGGUUCAUGAUAUGAUCAAUAAUGAGCCUUCCAUAUGAGUUUUCUUGUUGAAUUGACUUCUUUUCCUUGGUAUAUUUUUUUUGUCAACAUCUUUACUUGUAUAUAUAUCCCUAUUCCAUGGCCUUCCCUUUAUAUCUGUUUUAUGUACAAUAGAAUAGAAGGAUAAAAAAAUUCAAGGGAUAAAUACUUAAACCUUCGAUCAUUUUUUUGACAAAUACUAGAACCUUCCUUGCCUUUCACCCCAAUGCUUAUACUUCACUGUAUUAGAAGUUUAUUUUUUUAUUUUUUUUUUAUCAAUAGCAAUGAUUUCACUGUAUUAGAAGUUAGAACAUCAAUUUCUUUAAUCUCAA